AUGGAUGUCGAUUUUGGCUUCGACUCGGCCGAUGAGGCCGAUCUCGUCGCCGCGGUGGAUGCCGCCCCCUCCGGAGGCAAGCGAGCCAAGGAAGACGCAGAUCAAGUUGAAGAGCCAGGACCGAAACGCCAGAAGAGCUCUCCAGACCACUCGGAAUUGGCUCGAAGAGUCUUGCGAGAGCGAUUCGGACUGAAGAGCUUUCGCCUAGAGCAGGAAGCAGCAAUCAAUCGCAUUCUCAAUGGCGACAGCGCUGUUGUGGUAUUCCCCACCGGCGGCGGCAAGAGUCUGUGUUAUCAGGUUCCUGCGGUGGCUAUCAAGGAGCUGGAUCGGCAAACCAACUCCCGCAGCCCUGAAGAAAGUGGUGUUUCCGUCGUCAUCUCACCCCUAAUCGCUUUGAUGAAGGACCAAGUUGAUGCACUGCGCCGCCGAGGUAUCGCUGCAGCCGUUCUCGAUUCGACGCAAAGCCGUGAGGAGUUCGUCGACAUUCACAGCAAGCUGACUUGUGGCAAACUUGAUCUCUUAUAUUGUGCCCCAGAGCGGCUCAACAAUGAGGGCUUCCUUGCGUCCCUUCAGUCCAUUCGCGGGGGCAUUCGCUUGUUAGCGAUUGACGAAGCACAUUGUAUUUCGGAGUGGGGACACUCGUUCCGCCCAGACUACCUCAAAAUCGCCCGGUUUGCUAAAGAAGCCAAUGUGGACAGAGUCAUCUGCCUCACAGCAACCGCCACAGCAACUGUUGCCCAAGACAUUCGAGCGACUUUUGAUAUUCCGCCCGAAGGUCUUUUCGUGACAACCAUGUACCGACCAAACCUUCGUCUGUUGGUCGAGCCAAUCCUGGCGGAUGAUGACCAAGUCGAAAUAUGCUCUAAAUUCUUGAAGAAAAACCCAGGACCCUCCAUCAUAUAUGUUACGACCCAUGUGGGCACGGAAACUCUUGCUCGUGAGCUGUCGAAAAAAGAGUUCAAUGCUCGACCAUAUCACGCAGGAUUGAAGCAGGAAAUGCGAAGUGAAAUCCAAGAUGCAUUUUUGCGAAGUAAAGACAUGGUCAUUGUAGGCACAAUUGCCUUUGGCAUGGGCAUCGACAAGGAGAAUGUGCGGACGAUUGUCCAUUUCGAUCUCCCAAGCAGUCUCGAAGCCUACAGCCAGCAGAUUGGGAGGGCCGGGCGAGACGGCAAACCAAGCACCUGCAUUUUGUAUCUUUCUGACAAGGACUUCUUUGUGAGAAAUGUGUUCAUCUAUGGCGAACGACCCUCUAUGCUGGCCUUAACGGCGCUGUUUGACGAAAUUUGCAGUAAGGAAAAUUGUCAGUUGAAGCCCGGAGAUCCUUUUUCCGUAGCUCUGACGUCCCAAUCAAGACGGGUAGAUAUCAGGGAAACUCAACUUUCAAUUAUCUACGCCUAUUUGGAACUCAAGUUCGGUCUUCUGCGCGCUAGUACUCCUCAAUAUUCUGAAUACAAAUAUCAGGUGCUCCAGAGCCAAGGGUUGGCAGCCGAUGGAUCGCCAGCAUCGAAGUACAUCCAGAGACACUCUGUAAAAGCGAAGAUCUGGACCAACGUUGAUGUUGACGUUCCUGUUGGGAAUGGCGGAGUCAGUCGCGCUGAUCUCACACGGAAGCUGGACUCGUGGGCCGAAUCUGGCAUCAUCAAGCUCGACAAAAAGGGCGUCCAAAAGGUCUUCCGUAUCAGCAAGAAAUUGCCGAGCAAACAAGCCGAUAUUGACGACAUUAUUGACAACAUCCACAAGGAGAUUGUGAAGAAGGAGAAGCAGGAUUUACAGCGCGUGCAGGACUUGGUCAACUUGUUGACCAACACAAGCUGCCUUACUCGUGGCCUCGCAGCUUACUUUGCCGACACGACCCACUCGGUAGUUAAGGAAUGCGGUCACUGCAUUUGGUGCGAAACACAUCAACAAGUCAAGCUACCAGAGUUCACGCCCAAGCCGGUGAAUGAAAUGGUAAUGAAAAAGGUCAUCGCUGUCUGCAGGGAAGCCUGUGAACAAGAGGCAUCUAAGGCCAGAGGAGGCAAAUCGAAGACGACAGCCCUUCAGAUGAAGCAGGCUCUGGCCAACAGCACUGCCAAAGACGAUGCCCGUUUCAUGGCUUGCGUGGCUUUUGGUAUCAGAACACCCCGGGUUGGCAGCAUGAGCCUGCACAAUAAUAAGGCUGUGUUCGAGACUAUGAGCACAUGCAACUUCAACGAUCUCGUCCAGAGAUUCGAAGAAAUGAUGAAGGAGGGAUAG